AUGAUAGUGGACUCUAUGUUGCUCCAAAAUCUUAAUGCUCUGCCAAUUUAUAGACAUCAAAUAAUUGCAUACAAAUACCUGCUUGCCGGUUCAAAUGACACAAACUCAUCAAUAGAACAACUACCAGGGGAGACAACUCAAGAGGCUCUGCCAGGGGCCACAACUGCGUUUGAAACCCUGGACGAGUUUAUUGUGGAAGCGACAGCUAAAUUCACUGUGUUUGGAAUCGGGCCAAUGGGAAGGACACUGAUGCACGCCAUACAGGAUGCAGCCUACCUCACAGUGUACCAUGUGAAAGGGAGGUUUGGCUAUGCAACAGACAACUUCUUCCAUGAUGGAAAAUUCAUAGAGAGAUCAACUUAUGGUCAUGUGACCCAGGGUAAGCUGGACAAGGUGUGUAGUGCAGCUCAGACCAGCCACCAGAGACUCAUGUUCACCUAUGCUGGAGUUGACCCCCAGAGUCAAGAUGCUUAUGAACUGGCCAGUAGGGACAUAGUUAGGCCUAGUUCCCUGGACACACCUCCAAUACUGUAUGGAGUGAAAUGUAUACACUUUAACCCUCCAGACUUUACUCUAGAGAUCCAUGCCAUAAACGAAUACUGUGAGUACCUAGCCGAGCUUGUGAAUGACGUAGGAAUGCAACUAAAAACAACCGCAGUUUGUACACACAUUCACAGAAUUCGCCAUGGUUACUUCGAGUUGAGUGAUGCAUUACUAUACAGGAAAUGGAAUGUCGGAGAUAUCCUCGAUAAUAUGAAACAGUGUCGUAGGCAUUUGACGUUUGAUAAAUUGUGCACUGGGUUGGACAUUAGAGAGAGAAAUGAAGAAUAUGAUGGUGAUAAUGAUGACGAUGAUGAUGAUAAUGAUGAAUUUCAAAGUGGAAAGCAGUUCCAAAAGAUUUUUGAUAGUGAAAGUGCUAGCCUGCAGGAGAUGUUGAAAGAGUAUACAAAGAGAAAAGAGUUGAUCAAAAAGGAAAGAUCGGAACAAAUGUCAACAAAAUCAAUUUCUGAAAAUGAAGCUCAUCUGUCUGACUCGGAUAUUAAUGACGAAACAAACAAUGGUGUUCAAAGUUCUGUUGUAAAGUGAACAUUUAUAUUAAUUGCAGUUUUGUUUAUAUCAUUAAAAUAGAACUGUU